AUGCAGAAAUUCAGGGAAAAGUUCGAACAGGGAAUUGGCCACUUGGAGGGAUCAUUGAAAGACACCCAUAUCGAAGCCACGCAUUUAAAGAACAAGGUUGGCAAGUUUUUUAAUAUCAUCAAUCCAAAUCAUCGCCAUGAUGAGGAACAUGAGCAAGCGACAGACCGCAAGCGCUCCGAGAUCGCAGACUCGCACCGCUUCAAGUCGUUCGCGCCCAUUCACGAUGGCAAUCGAGUGAAGUGGUAUGUGGACGCCAUGGAUUACAUGUGGGCGGUCUCCGAAGCUCUGGAAAAAGCCACCGAGACCAUCUACAUUGCCGACUGGUGGCUCUCUCCAGAACUCUUCUUGCGCCGCCCCCCGGUGCAGAACCAGCAAUGGCGAUUGGACCAUGUCUUGAAGCGUCGCGCCGAAGCCGGUGUAAAGAUCUAUGUGAUCGUGUACAAAGAGGUCAACCAAGCCCUGACUUGCAAUUCCGCCCACACUAAACAUGCUUUGCGCAACCUUUGCCCCGAGGGAUCUCCUGGCUAUGGCAACAUCCGAGUUAUGCGCCACCCGGACCACAAUAUCUUUGAAAAUGCCGCGGAUAUGACCCUGUACUGGGCGCACCAUGAAAAAUUCAUCGUGAUUGAUUACAAUGUGGCCUUUAUUGGAGGCAUCGACCUUUGUUUCGGACGGUGGGAUGCGAACCAGCACCCACUGGCUGAUGUUCACCCAGCAGGUCUGCGGGAUGAUAUCUUCCCCGGACAAGACUUCAACAACAACCGAAUCAUGGAUUUCCAGAGUGUAGCAGACUGGCAGAGCAACGAAAUCAGCAAAGCCGACUUCGGCCGCAUGCCUUGGCACGAUGUGGCCAUGGGUUUACAGGGAGACUGUGUGUUUGACAUUGCCGAACACUUCGUCUUGCGUUGGAAUUUCAUCAAGCGCGACAAGUACAAACGCAGCCACGCUGUUGACUGGCUGCUGAUGGAGGGCCGCACGGGUGAGCAGGAGGAUAUCAUCGCUGUGCAGCGACCUAAGUACCCCUGCGGCGACUACAUCCAACACCCACUGACACCUUUGUCCACCAAGGCUCGCGGCAAUGUGGGCACUGUGCGUGCUCAGAUCGUGCGAAGCAGUGAUGACUGGAGCAGCGGUAUCUUGAAUGAGCACAGUAUCCAAAACGCGUACUGCGAAACCAUCCGCAAUGCUCAGCACUUUGUGUACAUUGAGAAUCAGUUUUUCAUCACUGCGACCGGUGACCAACAGCGUCCCAUUUUCAACAUGAUCGGUCGGGCGAUUGUUGAUGCCUGCGUGCGUGCAGGGAAAGAGGGCCGCAAAUUCCGUGUCAUCAUUGUCAUUCCUGCGAUUCCUGGAUUCGCUGGUGAUUUGCGCGAUAACGCCGCGUUGGGUACUCGGGCCAUUAUGGACUACCAGUACAAGUCGAUCUGUCGCGGCGAGCACUCGAUCUUUGGUCAAAUUGAAAAAGAAGGCAUUGACCCCAGGGAACAUGUCUUUGUAUUCGCGCUGCGCGCUUAUGAUCGAAUUAACAAAACGCCGGCUCUUGAGGAGCUCGAGAAACAGGCCGAUGUCACAUACCAAGACAUCCAGCGUGGUAUUGCCGAAUCCAUUAUGAGUGAAAGUGUGCACCCGGCAGUGGGUAAAGAUGGCGAUGAUAACGAGAAGGAUUACGGUGCCGACCAAAGUCAAAAAGAAGAAGUCUUGCGCAAACUCCAAAAGUUCGAGGAAAAGGUUGCGCAGAGAAAGGCCGACGAUGGGGCUCACAGCAAGGAUACAGUAUCGCACUGCACCAUGCUAAACGGGGGCGCGAUGUCCAACGAGAUCUGGGAGGGCGACGCUGAGGCUGAGAAAGGGAAUAUCGUCCAGGAAGAGCUGUACGUGCACGGCAAAGUGUGCAUCGUCGAUGAUCGCACCAUCAUUUGCGGUAGUGCAAACAUCAACGACCGGUCCCAACUCGGCUCGCACGACAGCGAACUGGCGAUUGUGAUGGAAGACCAGGAUCUCAUCGACAGCCAGAUGAACGGACAGCCCUAUCAAGCAUCCCGAUUGGCCGCGACGUUACGGCGGCAAUUGUGGCGCGAGCACCUGGGCCUCCUGCCGGCGCAGGAAUACGACGCCACGGGCCACCCGAACGCCCGACCGCCCGAUGAGUGUCUCAACGAGAUCGAUCUGGGUGCAGAGAACGAGUUCGUGAUGGAUCCGCUCAGCGACGGGGUCUGGAACACAUGGACGUCUCAGGCCAGCGUCAAUACGGAGACGUAUCGCAUGCUCUUCCGGGCGGAUCCCGACGAUCAUAUCAAAACCUUCGAGGACUAUAACAAUUUCCGGCCACGGGGCUCGCACAAGGAGGGUCAUUUGUUCGACCCGUAUAUGCCGGCCAAGGAAGUACGGGAUAAGCUGGAUCUCAUCAAGGGUCACCUUGUUUGGUUGCCGUUGGAUUUCUUGCGCGACGCUGAGAUGGCGGAGCCUGGGUUGGCUGUGAAUCAAAUUACCGAGGUCUCGAAGGGAUCUGCAUAUACCUAA